GCAAUGGCCAAAUUUGUGGUGAUAUUGUCUUGCUUGGCAUUAAUAUCUGCAAUCCAAGGGAAUGAGGCCGUCCAGUACACUGUCACGGACAAAGCAGCGAAAACGCCAGGUGGUGCUCGGUUUGCUAGAGACAUCGGGGUCCGGUAUACCUUACAAGCCAUGAAUACCUCCACAACCUUCAUCUGGAGGAUUUUCCGGCAGAAAUCCGCUGCUGAUCGGAAAAAUCUGCAGAAAGUUAGCUUGUUCAUCGAAAACAUGGACGGAGUGGCGUAUGCCACCGGCAACCAGAUCCACGUCAGCGCCGGAUACAUUCAGUUUUAUGUGGCGAGUGUGAAAAAUGAGUUCACUGGCGUUUUGUACUAUGGAAUGGCUCGUGUGUGGCAGUGGGAUGGCAACGGGAAGGCGCCGGGCGGUCUGACACAAGGGAUAGCCGAUUAUGCGAGGCUGAAAGCUGGUUAUGCCCCGAGCCACUGGGUGAAGCCGGGGCAAGGUGACCGGUGGGAUGAAGGGUACGACGUGACUGCUAGGUUUCUCAACUACUGCAACGGACUCAAGAGUGGGUUUGUGGCUAACCUCAACAAGAAGAUGAGAGGUGGUUACAGCAACAAUUACUUUGUGGAGUUGUUGGGAAAGACCGUGGAUCAGCUCUGGGUAGACUACAAAGCAAAGUAUGAAACUUGACUUUUUAUGGCAGCAAACUUAGGCUUGAGUUUGUCGAUCAUUUCCUGUUUGAGUAGUAAAAACUAGUAGUUGUAUUGUAGACUAAUGACACGAGUCACAUGAUGAUUAAUUGAUGUGUGUUGUGACAUUGUGCAAUCGUUUAUUGUAGAAUA